AGCUAGCUUAUAGCUAGCAUUGCACAGCACAUGAAAGUUCUAGCAGAUUUCACUGGGAAGGACCUCUAGCGAUAAUUAUGCAAGUGUCCUCUGAAUCCGUUUGGAAUGCUUGUUUUAACGAGCAGAAAUUUGAAAGUUUGUUUUGUGUUAUGCUGCUUAUAAAGCAUUGCAAACAACGGGAGGAAUGAUUGGAUUUUCCGCUUGCCUGACGUAAGUUUUGUAUCGUGUGGUAGUGUUGUGAAAGAGGAAACAAUUGAAGGAAGUACUGUCAAGCGAGGACGAACCCCGGGGAGUAAUAUGUCAAUCAAUUUACGUCAGUAUAAAGAAGAUGACAAGUUGGCUCUGUCAGAACGGUUCACAUUUGCUAGUAUUCUAAAACUGUUUUGUGGCACAAGUUUACUGUAGUGGGGGCGGCCGCCGGCCAUGACUUGAGCGCAGCAUGGUGGAGCUCGGCGUGCGCGUGGUGCGCGGCCCGGACUGGUGCUGGGGGGAGCAGGACGGCGGCGAGGGCCACGCGGGCACUGUCGUCGAGGUGGGCCGCACCGGCUCCGGCACCUCCCCAGAGGGCACCGUCGUCGUCCAGUGGGACUCGGGCAUGCGCACCAACUACCGCACCGGCUACCAGGGCGCCUACGACCUGCGCGUCGUCGACAACGCGCCUGCAGGUGUGAGGCACCCGAACAUAAAGUGCGACGCGUGCUUCAAGCACGGCAUCCGUGGGAUGCGAUGGAAGUGCGUCCAGUGCUACGACUUUGACAUCUGCACCCAGUGCUAUAUGGCCGACAAGCACGACACGGACCACGCCUUCGAGAGGUUCGAGACCAACAGGUCUGUCGGGGUGGACAUGCCUCCUCGCAAGGGAGGUGUGAAGCUUCAGCUGAAGGGUAUAUUCAUCGGAGCCAAAGUGGUCAGGGGGCCGAGCUGGGACUGGGGAAAUCAGGACGGAGGAGAAGGGAAGACCGGUAGAGUGAUCGACAUUCACGGCUGGGACAACGAAUCGGGACGGUCGGUGGCGAACGUGACGUGGACGUCGGGCUCGACCAACGUGUACCGUGUCGGGCACCGCGGCAAGGUGGACCUGAAGUGUGUGCAGGAGGCGUCGGGAGGUUCCUACUACAGGGAUCACUUGCCUGUGCUCGGAGCUGUGGUAGGCAUUUGCCGUGCGAGUCCAAACGGUGGUACUGUAGUGGCCCCAAGGCGACACCUGACAUUCAAUGUCGGCGAGCGUGUCAAGGUCACGUUGGAUGUUGCCUCCCUUAAGCAGCUGCAGGAAGGCCAUGGAGGAUGGAAUCCACGCAUGGCCAAUUACAUCGGUACAGUCGGGACCGUGCACCGGGUGACGGAGCGCGGGGACAUUCGCGUGCGCUACGAGGGCUGCAACAACCGCUGGACACUGCACCCUGCGGCGCUCACCAAGGUGAACACGUUCGCCGUGGGAGACACGGUGCGCGUGAAGGAUGACUUGGCACUGGUGCGCGAGUACCAGAAGGGUCACGGGGAAUGGAGUGAGGCGAUGCGACCGGCACUGGGGAAGCUGGGGCAGGUGACGCGCGUGUACGGAGACGGGGACCUGCGAGUCUGCGUCGACAGCGAGACGUGGACUCUGAACCCGCAGUCCGUCACGCUGGUGACUGCCGUCGACAGCGAGCUCAGCAACACGAUGGGAGGCCGGAGUGCCGACAGGCAGGACCACGCCAGCCCGCUGGCGGCGCUGCUGCAGGACCUGGUGGUGGAGCAGGCGGCCGGCAGCAUCGACCGGCUGGUGAGGGAGGCCGCCCAGGGCCACGCCGACACCGUCCGAGACUUCAUCACCAGCUUCCCCGACAAGGUGGACGGCAAGAGCGGCGGCAAAACUUGCCUGCAGGUCGCGUGUCACCAGGGCCACACGGAGCUGGUGACGAUGCUACUGGACGCGGGGGCGUCACUCGUGCUGCCGGACGACGAGGGUGACACCGCGCUCCACUACGCGGCAUUUGGGAAUCAGCCCGAGAUAAUGCAGCUGCUCCUGUCGAGAGGCGCGGACAUCGACGCUGUGAACAGAGGCCACUGCACCGCGCUGCACGUAGCGGUCAACAAGCAACACGUGCAGUGUGUGUCUGAGCUGCUGAAGAAGGGCUGCAACGUCAACAUCCAGGACCUGUACGGAGACACCGCCCUGCACGACGCCAUCUGCAAGGAGAGUGCCGAGAUCACCGACAUGCUGUGCGCGGUGCCGAACAUCGACUUCACGCUGCGCAACCGCCGAGGCUUCAACGUGCUCCAGCACGCUGCCCUCAAGGGGAACAACUUUGCCACCGAGAGGCUGCUGCAGCGUGCCCGCCAGAUGGUGGACGUCAAGAAGGACGACGGCUUCGCAGCACUGCACCUGGCCUGCCUCAACGGACACCGCGCCGUCGCGGAGACUCUGCUCUCGCUGGGCCGCGCCGACGUCGGGUUGCGCAACAAUCGCAGGCAGACGGCGCUCCUGCUCGCAGUGUCGCAGGGCCACUGCUCGGUGGUGGAGCUGGUGGUGUCGACGGGCGGCGACGUCAACGCGGAGGACGAGGACGGCGACACGGGGCUGCACCUGGCACUGAUGAAGCGCGCGUCCAUCUGCACGCAGAUCCACGAGCUGGAGGCGCCCGCCAUCUACGGGAUCUACACGCAGCUGAUGCAGGCGCAGCGGGUGGAGGAGGAGAGCCCGGUGGCGCUGGCCAUCGCGUGCUACCUGGUGCAGGAGGGCUGCAGCCUGACCAAGAGGAACCACCGCGGCAAGAGCCCGCUCGACCUGGUCGCCGGCAGCCCGCACCUCGCCGACCUGCUCCAGGCGUACAACCUGCAGGGGCAGCCGCCGCCGCCGCUGCCCGUCCCGGCCGCCACUGCUGCCACCGCCAGGUGUGUCACGCUUGGUAGCAGUAGCAGCAGCAGUAGUAGUAGCAGUAGCAGCAACAGCAGCAUGGGCGAACAAGCCGCACCCCCGCCUGUCGAGUGCGCCGUCUGCUCCGAGCUCGGAGACGAGAACGUGCGGUUCGAGCCGUGUGGGCACCGCAUCACCUGCGAGGAGUGCGCCUCGCGCGUCAAGAAGUGUCUCCGCUGUGGGCAGGUGGUCAACAAGAGGAUCACCAGCGACGGGCGCACCAUCGCCUGCAAGUCACGACACCCGAGUGCCGAGAGACUGCGCUACCUCGAGUCGAAGAUUGCCGAAAUCGAAGAGACGCACUGCUGCUCCAUAUGCAUGGAGCGGCGGCGCAACGUCGCCUUCCUGUGCGGCCACGGCGCCUGCGCCCCCUGCUCGGCCACGCUGCGCACCUGCCACAUGUGCCGCAAGACCAUAACGCGCAAGAUAAACCUGUACUAGGCUGCGCGCCUCGGGACCGUGACGCGGAAAACUGGUGCUCGGCCGAGACCACGACGUGCGGCGAAAACCUGUACCGGGCCACCUGCCACGUGUGUCGUGAGACGGUAGAGUGAGAGAGAAAACGGUGCCGGCGACGUGUCACAUCGGAGAUAAACCUUUACGGGCUACCCGUCACGUAUUCCACGAGACAGUUGCAUCCUGCCAGCUUCUACCGUCAAAGGCCUGCGGGUAGAGUCUACAGUGUUCCGGUGCGUCACCAGGCGAUAGAAACGGUUGCGGCACGCCACUUGUUGUGCCGGUAAAGCCACGGCGUGUGUGUCUGUACACUUUUUAUUUUUACCGGGAAUAGUCUCACUCGACAGGAAAUAGUGUGUCGUCACGUAAGGUCUCUGUCACGAUGCAGUCUGACGCGGAGUGAGAGUAUCUCGGUGACACUGUGCGGGCAGCUGUACAGUGGUGUUGGGAAUAGUGCAGUGCCACUCGAGUGCAGCCGAGAGUUGCACUGCGUGUUUACCCUUCGAGAAAGAAAUGUUUUGCUUUCGCAGCACAGUAACUCGCCUGCCUUUGGGGAAAGUCACUACAAUAAUGUGUUUGGCAGCAGUUGAAUUAUAUGUCUCAGUACGAUUUGAAAUACUGUUGACUGAUUGGGCAUUGCAACAUAGGUUUUGUGUCAUUGUUCUCUUUCUGUGUGUAGGGUAGUCUGUACUGACUGAGUGGAUUGUUGUGUCACAUUCUGUGGUUUACUAUGGGGUGUGUGUGUGUGGGGGUGAACGAGAAUGAGAGAGGGAGAUUUAGGUUUAAAAAGUUUUAACUGUAAGUAUAUUAAUUAGAAUGAAGUUAGUAGACACAUUUUUUAAGAACAAAUGUCGCUACAAAAGCAGAAGUAGCGUUUCGCCCGGUGCAAGCUCGACGGCAAAGCUAGAGUGUCAUUUUGUACUACAUGCAGGAGUGAUAUUGUGUGCCAUCCAGGUUGUGAAUUAGAAUUUUAUUUUCCUUGGCACUUACUCAGUCAAAUGCAGUGGGGGCUCAGAUUUGAAAGAGAUUCUUUCCUCUGCAGUGGAAAUUCCUAGCCGGAAUACAAACAGUGGUAAGCCUUGUGUACAGAUAGGCACAUAAACAGGAAGCUGGAUACAAGACAGCUGUUAAACUGCAAUCCCUCAUCACAGACUCCUUCGUGGUACGUGAUUUUUUUCCCCCCUCCCUUUCUUUCUGUGUGUGUGUGUGUGUGUGUGUGUGUGUGUGUGUGUGUGUGUGUGUGUGUGUGUGUCCACGUACAUGUAGGCUGUGCAAUGCUUCUUAUACACAGUUUGUCUUUACCAUUGAAAACAGUCCCUCUCUUGACAUUGUUUUUGUACAUACUAUCACUUGUAAUAGUUAUUUCAGAUGAAACACAGCAGGCUCACAUUCGUAAGGAGCUGGUUUCUGUCUCUGGCCAUCUCAGUGUCGGCCUAGUCACAUUUCCCGAGACUCCAUUAUGUGAAUGCUGGGACAGUUUCUCUGCAAAGGACCCUGCUGAUUAUCUUCCCAAUCUAGGCCUGUGGUUCAUCUUUAAUAAUAUUGUCAAUGACAAGGCUUUAAAUAGUGUUAUUUUUCCUUCUUCGGGUCAUAGGACACACUUGUCUAAGCUUACAGGUGCAAGUCUUCCCACUGUAAGGGAAAUAGCUUAUUGCAGUUACGAACAUUCUUCCGAAGCACGAGUAUCACUUUUCCCAAUUCUUAUGUAUGAUUGGAAAUGCUGGGGUGUAGUGAUUUUAUAGCCUUAUGAAUUAAAAUCAAAGGCCAGAGGAGCAGAGCCAAAAAAUUCAUUCUUCACAGUCAAAUAAAAGAUGCAAAAGUGACAGUUUAUGAAUGUUGUCGUGUCAAUUCGUGCAACAUUCCAAAUACGUGACGUGGGCUUAGGCAAAUAACAUAUUAUCAGUCAUGCUGCAAGUGUAGUCCUAAUUUAUGGCUGUCCUAAUUCUCAUUUACGAUCACAGACCACCUUAGUUAUAAAAUAUCCAAAUUUAAUGCCAAAGUGAUGUCCCCUCGUCAUUUCAACACUUCUUCUUCCUGACAUGAUUCUCCUUAUGCAGGUCAUUCACAGAGCCUCUUCUAAGCUUGUCUUUUCUCCCACAGUCUAUCAUUUAGCAUCUCCUCCCAUUGCAAUCCUUUUUGGUUCACGCCAUCCUUCACUGAGUCUCUCCAUCUUGUCCAUGGCCUUCCAGGUCCCAUUCUUUUAAUGUGACCAAACCAUUUGGUUUUUAGGGACUUGGUCAGCAGGGGAUUUUGUAUUAUUUCAUUUCUUAUCCUGUCUCUUCGUGUCUUACCGAGGAUUCCUCGUAGAAAUUGUAUCUCUGUUGCUUGUAUUCCACACAGAUCUUUCUUUGUCAAGCGCAACAUUCUGAUCCGUAGGUCAAAAUUGGAAGAAAAUAUGACUUGUAUAUCACGAUCUUUGCUCUGGCAGUUAUUUUCCAGUUUCUAAUUAUGUCGAAUACAAAAUAAUAAAAUUUUGAACAAUUUUCCUUUCUCUCCUAAAUUUCAUCCUUGACGUUUCCUUUAGGGUUAAUUUUCUUCCUACAUACUUGAAAGCAUCUACUACUUUAAUAAUUUUUCCAUUGUGAGUUACAUCUUUCAUGUUUUCACUUUUCCUGCCAAUUUUCAUUACUUCACUUUUUGUGAAGCUUAUUUCCAUUCCCACUUCUUCAAUUACUCUCUGUCAGGUGUUUGGUUGCUCUCCCAAAUUCUGCUCAUUUUCUUCCCGAAUUAUCAUUAAUCUGCAUAUGCUAUGAUUUUCAUAUCAUCUGCUGUUGACCCUUGGCGAACUUUCCUUAUGAUGUUGUCCACGGCUAUAUUAAAAAACACUGUGGAGUGCACGCUUCCUUGCCGAACCCCUCUGUGCAUUAUAAACAGUUCUGAUUUUUUUUGUCAUCUCUUAUAACACAAUUCAGGCCUUUUUUGUACAUUUCAGCACUUCUAUCGUAUUUCUCGUUCACACAGUAAAUGUGAAAUUGUACUGUGAAUUUUGAUAAUGUGAAGGUGCUGCUAUUAGAAGGUGGCAUUUUUACGAUAUUUCUGUCAGAAAAUUCUGUCCUUACAAGCUAUUAAUACAGUAAAGCCUCAUUUAUACAUUUUUGAAGGGGGAUGAUAAAGUAAAUGUGCAAGUUGGAUUAAUGUUAAAAUGAAACUUUUUAAUGUACUUCUAUUAAAUUCAAGUGUGCACAAAUAAAAUACACGUAUAUUGUACAGUACAUUAAUAGGUACAGUAGCUCAGCUUAUGCCUAAGUUAUGGGAAUUUAAAGUUAUUUAGGCCUAAAGAAUGAAUCAAUUGCGGUUUGUUUUUGGGAAGCAAUACUGCAGUCAUAAAUCAAGAUUUCAUAUGCAGUCACUGUGCACAUCUUGCCAUCCCUAAUCUUAUGUAAUGUUGUGUUACUUGCAAUGCAGUAAGUGCUUUUGACUGGCUGGGAGGGUCCACAGGUCCACCAUCCAAUUCUUUGGAUUCCCCAAAAAUAUUUAUUUCACCUGAUACUGGCACUUCUAUUCUAAUUAUUUUCUCCUCACUUUGUACACAACACGUAGCAGUAUCAGCAUCACAAUCACCAAAAUCAGUUCCAUAUGAAAUACGAACCCAGUCAUUCAAGUUACUGUCUUCGUAUAUAUAGUUAAAGGCUACCCAGCCAUUGACCUUCGUCUGUGCUAAUGUGCACAGGUUGCCCAAACUCUUACGGGAAUCGACAAAGCGUGCGCGAGUAAUGAG